CAUGAACGUAUUCAUACUGACGUGCGGAGAGAGAUUCACUGUUUCGUCUAAUUUAAAGACUCACGAACGUGUUCACACUGGCGAAAAACCUUUUGAAUGUAAGGUGUGCAGUGAAAGAUUUACUCGAAAACACCACCUUACUAGUCACGAACGUAUUCAUACUGGUGAAAAACCAUUCGAAUGUAAAGUAUGUGGUGAACGAUUUAGUCAAAAAAGCCAUCUCAAUGUUCAUGAACGUAUUCACACUGGUGAAAAACCAUUCCAAUGUAAAGUAUGUGGUGAACGAUUUAAUCAAAAAGGCAGUCUGAAUAUUCAUGAGCGCAUUCAUACUGGCGAAAAGCCUUACGAAUGUAAGACGUGUGGAGAGAGAUUCACUGUAUCAUCUAGUUUAAAGACUCACGAACGUAUUCAUACUGGUGAAAAACCAUUCAAAUGUAAAAUAUGUGGUGAACGAUUUAGUCAAAAAAGCCAUCUCAACGCUCAUGAACGUAUUCACACUGGCGAAAAGCCUUACGCAUGUGAUUUCUGUGAUUCAAGAUUUAUCGACUCUAGUUCUCUUAGAAAGCAUAUUAGAAUUCAUACUGAUUAG